AUGGCCGACGAACAACUAGGAGUAAUUGUAACAUUGGAAGUUAUCGAUGAUGAACAAUACAAUGUAGUUAAGCCAGCGACUUCAAAAGGUCCAUACCCAAUGAAACCAGUUUAUUUAAACCCUUUUUUAGUAAUGUUUAGUGUUUGGUCCGAGUGGAGUGAGUGUAGUCAAUGUGGGGUGGUCGGCAGGAGAAGGAGAUAUGCCAUGUGUUAUGUGUCUCGUAUAAACGAGUAUAAAACAACAUUUAAAUCAAACAUGACUAACAGUGACGAGGAAAGUUCAAAACUAUUUAAAGUGUAUCCCGACGGUAUCCCUUGUCGAUCACGAAUAUUGCCACCUUCAAUCCGAAAGAUGAUGUCAGUACAGCAGAGACCAAAUGAAAUUAUGCUCGGCCUGUGCAGGGUUCGAUGCAAAGAAGCAAUAGUGAACAUUCGAUCCCAGUCCGGCGAUAUAAUCGAAUCCGUAAACAACACCGCUGGUGUAUAUUCCCUCCAUCAGAACCCACCAUUACAACCACCAUUACCAGCAAGAAGAAUCAUGUACGUAGAACCAGGGGAAAGAGUCAUCAUUAUAUGCUAUGGUACAACUCUGCGUGACAUACCGUUUACAUGGCGUGUCGACACCCAUGAGGUCAGUCCCAGGUAUCUCUGGAGCGCGAGCAGAGACAGGAUCCAUCUCAACGCGAGAGAUCAUAUCGUCAUUAAACACGUAUUAUAUAGCGACGCUCGUGUAUAUAGGUGA